GUGCUUUGUAAAAGUGGCUGACACUACUUGUAAAAGAGGACAAGAGUGCUGAAAAAGAAGACAAAGGAAGAGAAGAGGAGGAGGAGGUGCAGGAAGAGAAUACUUGAAGAGACUGAGAACGCUUUAAGAUUUCACAAUGAAAAAUGAAGCAAUGUGAUAUUACUCCAUUUUCAGCCUCACUGCAACUGAAUUUAAGCACUUUUAAAGGAAAUGAUUUAUUGUGGCUCAGUUGCAUUCGACUCAUCCUCAAAAGAUGACAUGGAUGAGAGGAUCACUGUACACAUAUUUUAGGUUGGAACUGCGAGAUCAUGUUCACUACUCCUUAAACACCCUGGAGUAAGCUGGCACCAAAACCCCUGCUGUCAAGUGCACUAUUGAGCAUGCGCUAAACAAAACCCUGAAGCAGGUUUUAAAUAAACAUUUACAUGAUUUAAAAAAAAGUUUGCCAAAGUCAAGGGUGGGCGGGGUCAUGUCGCCCUCUGUUGGAGAUUCCUGCGUGGAUUACGAUCAUCUUUGCAUUAGUCAUCACCCAUAAAGCUGAUGAGGAUGAGCCAGAAUUUACCGGAGGUGACAAUUCUUGACGAAGUUGACGCCAUUUGCGCAGGAGCAGCCCGCGGACAGGUGGCUGUCACCAUCAGCGCUCACGGAUACGACAGGAAACACGCAGGAGGGCAACCUCGAGAUGUCUGAUAUAAAAAUACAUCUGAGCGCAGAUAGAGGGGAACAGAGCGCAAUCCAAAGUGACUUUUGAGGCACACAGCCCAGUCAAACACAAGGAGAUAGACAUAGAGAGAGAGAGAGAGAGAGAGAGAGAGAGAGAGAGAGAGAGAGAGAGAGAAAGAGCAGCACCAGCACCAGCAGUCUGACAAAGCUGCACUCCCUGGAAGUUUGACAUCCCCAGCGGGCUACAGAGGGAGUUCUGCUCUGCCGCUGCCAUGGAGCCUCGGAAGUGUGCUGGAUCUGUAUUGAUUGGACUUUACCUGUGGGCGACAUUCUGCUGUCAAGGUUGUUAUGGUGGUGUGUACCAGAGGAAGCUGUAUCGUGACCUGAUGGUAAACUACAGUCGGCUGGAAAGACCCGUCCAAAACGACUCUGCACCCAUCGUGGUGGAACUCGGCCUCACACUGCUACAAAUCAUUGACGUGGAUGAAAAGAACCAAGUGUUGAUCACAAAUGCCUGGCUGCAGCUGUAUUGGACAGACAUCUACCUUUCAUGGAACCCAGACAGCUACCCUGGGGUUCAGAACCUGCGUUUUCCUUCCAAUCUGGUAUGGGUCCCAGAUAUCCUCCUCUACAACAGUGCUGAUGAGAGGUUUGAUGCUACGUUCCAUACCAAUGUGCUAGUAAAUGCUUCAGGAUCCUGCCAGUACAUCCCACCAGGCAUCUUGAAGAGUACUUGCUACAUCGAUGUACGGUGGUUCCCAUUCGAUGUGCAGAAGUGUGACCUGAAGUUUGGCUCCUGGACCCACAACGGCUGGCUGCUGGACCUCCAGAUGAUGGACGUAGACAUCUCUACCUACAUACCCAACGGGGAAUGGGACCUUGUAGGUGUGCCGGCCAAGCGUAAUGAGCUGUACUAUGACUGCUGUAAGGAGCCCUACCCCGAUGUGACGUUCACGGUCACCAUGCGCCGCAGGACACUUUACUACGGCCUCAACCUGCUCAUCCCCUGCGUGCUCAUCUCUGGUCUGGCCCUGCUGGUCUUCCUACUCCCUGCUGACUCUGGAGAGAAGAUCUCACUGGGAAUCACAGUGCUGCUGUCACUAACAGUAUUCAUGUUACUGGUAGCAGAGAUCAUGCCCGCCACUUCAGACUCUGUUCCUCUGAUCGCUCAGUACUUUGCUAGCACCAUGAUGAUUGUGGGCUUGUCUGUGGUAGUAACAGUCCUGGUACUGCAGUUCCACCACCAUGACCCCCAUGGAGGGAAGAUGCCUAAAUGGGUCCGAGUCAUCCUACUCAACUGGUGCGCUUGGUUUCUCCGCAUGAAGAAACCUGGAGAGGAAAACAAAACAGCUGUGAGCUCCAGCAGCCCCCCAAACUACAAGUACUCCCCCCCUCCCCCCCACCACACCAGCACCAGUAGCAUUCAGAUGAGCACCAUACCAGGGCAGGCGUCCACCCAAUCAACCACAACCAACGGGAACAUGAACCUUUACUUCGGCUACCACUCAAUGGGCACGGACAACCCUGCUUUCCCACCGAGCACAGAUUCAGGCGUGGUGGUGUGCGGCAGCGGAGGCGGGGGCGGCCGACCCAACAGCUCCUCUCCACAUGACAUCCACUCAGAACAGACGCGGACUUUGCUACUGGAGCAGGUCCCGGAAAUUUCCCGGAUCCUGGAGGAAGUGCAGUAUAUUGCCAGGCGCUUCCGGGAGCAGGACGAGGGAGAGGCGAUCUGCAGCGAGUGGAAGUUUGCAGCAGCGGUGGUGGAUCGGUUAUGCCUGGUGGCCUUCUCACUCUUCUCCAUCAUCUGCACCUUCACCAUCCUCAUGUCAGCUCCCAAUUUCAUUGAGGCCGUGUCCAAAGACUUCACAUAAGGCUGACCUCUUCCCUCUCGGAGAGGAAAAAAGAGAGGCAAAGCAAACAUUAGAAAUCCUGACACGUUUAGAACUGUGCCACACAAGCCUCCCUGCUACAACUAUGUGAAGUCAAACACAUCAGACCCAAACCUUUCCCUCUAUCUUCCCAUAUUUCUCGCUAGUAUAUGGUUGUAUGGAGUUGAUGUGAUUUUUUUCCAUUUCAAGGUGGCUCUCUUAGCUAACACCGAACAUACAGUAUGCCACGUAGGAGGUUGAGGCUACAUGCAGUAGUUAAUGAUGUAGAAACUCACACUAAUGCACUUUUCAUCCGUACCCCUGCUGACAUCAUUUACCUGCCACCACUUGGUCUUCACGUCUCAUCAGAAUAUACUCUUAACUCUCCUUCACUUCCAGCUCUUUCAUUUCUGCUGCUUUUUUCUACUCACUCCCCACCCCCACUGUCACACUUCUCAUUUUCUAGGAACGUCUUAAUGUCUUCAGCAGUUACAUACAGUACAGUCAAUAGAGUUCAAUAAACAGUUUUAGAAAUGGUUUUUUCAAGCCUCUAUUCUAGUGAUGCUAAUUUUUUGUAUUUUGUAAAUAAAUCUACAUCUUACUUUAUAAAUGUGGUGAAGUUGAGAUGAAAUAUUUUUUAAGUUGGUGAAUUUACUGAGAGCUACUGACGUGUUAACUCACAGCACUGUACAUCUCACUUCUGCUUUAACUAGGACUGCCACUAAUGAUUAUUUUAACUUUCGAUUCAUCUGAUAUUUUUUCAUUUUAUUUGAUUAGUCGUUUUUGUAUAUAAAAUGUCAGAAAAUAGUGAAAAUGUCUGUUUUAAUAUCCCAGAGCUGAAUGUGAAGAAUAUUCAGUUUGCUAUCAUAUAUGACAAAGAAAGCAUCACUUCUGCACAGAACAAACGUUAGGCAUUUUUAUCUUGAAAAACAACUCAAAUGGUUAAUUAAUAAUCAAUCGAUUUUUCAAUUAUCGACUACUUAUUUCAGCUCUACUUUAAACAUCUCCAUCCUAUAACUCUCUUAUAUUAGGUUGUUUCUUAAGGCAUCCUCAUUAUUUACUUGCCUUUCCAAUCUCCUCAUUUCCUUCUUGCACAGCUUAGGCCCAGGUUCUGUACCCAUAAAUGUGAAUACCAGUGAAAGUCAUACUUAAUUGUGACUUCAAAGACAUUUUUACAGUUUAGCUCUUUUCAAGACAGUUUAUGAAAGUGUGAAGUCAUUUCAGAAGGGAUAUUCCAACAUCCUCUCUUUGCCUCCAUUACUUGUGUUAAACAGUAUAUUUAGUGUGGUUUGCAUACAAAAACCUCUGGCUAUGUGUAAAUCACUUAUUCAUUUACAAUGCAUUUAUCUUUUGAGAGCAAUUCAAUGUUUAUCUGACUUACAGUAUGUGUUAGUUACACAAUGUGUUGCUAUAUUCGGGGAGAAACUCACAUGAAGAUCAAAACAAAUAGUCGUUGAAAGACGAUAUUUGUUCUUGUGAUGGAUUUUCAAAUGGAUUCUGAAGUCUGAACCACCCGGAUGCAUUUGGCACUAAUCUUUUGUAGUGCAGAGUCCUUUUUGUUUUUACUUUGUAAUACUCAGCGAAAGGCAAACACUGUCUUCUCUAAUCUGCAGCAACAACAUGCAACAAGGAUUACUGGGUGACCUUAUGUAACAGAUUUGCGUUAAACCUUGUCUCUUCUCACCACCCCAGUAUCCCCUCUGAUUCUCAGUGGUAGAAGGCACAUGUAAAUUCCCACUUUUACACAUGCAACUGAGCUCACAGACCUUUCUAUUUUAGUUUUAAGUGGAACCGAGGAGGAAUGAAAAUAACAAAAUACAGUGCAUGUGUGACUGCUGCCGAAUAGUCACUGAAAUUGAAUUCAUGUUGUUACAGUUAAUCAAUGGGCCGAGUGCAGACAAAUAGCUGCCACCCACUGACUAUCUUCAAUUCACUCUGUGACUCCAGGACUGUAAAACAUUUAAAUGUCAUAUCCACUCAUAAUGGACCGACAGGAAAAGGUGAGGCCAAUCUUGUCUGAACUUUGCAAUACUCUUUGUGUGGACAUCAGUAUUCUCUACACUUAUGUCUAACCAGGAAAGUGAGAUUUAUUUGCUUUAAACACAACAAAUAUGGUCUUAAAAAAAAGAGCAUUGCAUUAGGGACAUAAUUGUUAGAAUGUUAAAGGAAUAGUACAACAUUUUGGAUUUUUGCUUUUACAGUAAAUAUAACGCUACAGCCAGUUAGGUUAGCUUAGCAUAAAGAGUGGAACCUAGAGGGAAACACUGACCUUUAGGACAGUACAGCCAGUUGCGUGUUAGCAUAGCUUAGCACAAGGACUACAAACAGAGGGAAACAAGCGUUAGAUGAGAAGAUUGAUACCACCUCUUAUGUGUGAAAGGUAAAUAUGAAGCUACACCCAGAAGCCAUGCUGAGCUCAGCAGAACGUCAACCAGCAGAGACUCCAGGAAGCCAGAAUAAUUAGAGUAGAGUAAUUAGAGGUACUGGAAGUCAAAUCUGACUUUUGACUACAUAUUUUACUACAGCCAUUUGUCAUUCCACAUUGUGUGGAUUGCAGAUUGUAAGGGUUACUGCAGGAAACUGAAUACAAUUGUUUUUAUUGUUUUUUAUUUUAAGGAACCAAUGCUGGGUUGUUAUUUUGCAUGUCAAAGUUCAUGGACAGAAAUGGGUAGCGGCUGCUUUUAGCUGAUCUAAGUAUGUUGCGUAACAGAUCGAGGAAUCAUUUGAAAAUCUUGAUCACUGACUGAUCUUGGACAAUAUGAACAGUGGAGAUGUAAUGACUCAUAUGAGAGACGUGGAGUAUGCUCUACAUACAUGUGACUUGGACUGACAACUGAUGACAGCCAAUUAUGUAGAUACUUUGUGAGAUAACCUGACCCAUUUCUAUUGUUACUCACUCCUGUUAAUGUCUAUUGAGCAUAUGUUUUUCAUGUGAGAAGCAUUUAUGGGACUUAAAAGUGUUCAUAGUGCGUCAAAUGAAUGAAUGAUGGAACCUCUAAAAUGAGACUGUACUGAAAAUGUUUAUAGGAUUAUAAGGUAUUCAGGGUAAAAGACAUUCUGCAAUUUACAAGUCAAAGCUAGAUCCAAGCUGAAACCAUACAAGUAGCUCAAAUAUCAGUGUUGCAAAUGUGAAAUCGUGUUGACUGAUAUUGAAAAGUACACGUAAAAUGAGGGUGUCUGCUUUUGCCAUGCUAUCACAGGCUUUUUUUAAUCACCAGUGUUGUAUUUCUGUCAACUUGAGUGUCUUUUUCUUUGUGGUCUGUGCCUCUCUGCUCAGUAUUCAUUCUCCUUUGAAGGAUGUACAUACAUGCUCACUGUACAUGACUAUUUUGAGGACAAUAAAGGAGAAAUGUGAUAAUUA